AUGUCAGACGACCUCAGAGACGAGAUUGAGGCCCUCAACUCCAUCUACGGAGACGACACGCUCCGGCCCUCGCCGCCCAACUACAUCCUCGCCCUGCCCGGCGGCCCGGGGGCCACCUCCCUGACCCUCCGAUUCCCGGACUCGUACCCGGACGUGCCGCCCGAGGUCCUCGGCACCCACAGCGCCGGCGAGAACGCCCCCCGCGGUGCUGGCGCCCGCGACCUCGCCGUCUUCCGCGACGCCGUCGCCAACGUCUACCAGCCCGGCGCCGUGUGCCUCUUCGACGCCGUCGAGGAGUUCUCGAGGCUCCUGGAGGAGCACGCGGGAGCGGAGCCGUCGCCGCCGCCGCCGCCGCCGGAGAAGGACGAGGGCAAAGAGGAGCACGGGACGCGGCCCGCGCCCCUCGCCGAGGAGCCCCCGUGGGUCGUCUCGGACCCGUUCGUGGAGCUCAAGUCGGUGUUCCUCGCCCGCGCCGCGCCCGUCGCCUCGCCCGCGCAGGCCGCCGGCUACGUCCAGCACCUCCUCGCCACGGACAAGAAGGUCCGCGCCGCCACGCACAACAUGACGGCGUGGCGCGUCCGGGGGCCCAACGGGACCAGCUUCCAGGACUGCGACGACGACGGGGAGACGGCCGCCGGGAGCCGCCUGCUGCAUCUGAUGCAGCUCAUGGACCUGUGGGACGUCAUGGUGGUGGUGUCCCGCUGGUACGGCGGCCAGAAGCUGGGCCCGCGCCGUUUCGCCCUGAUCAACAGCGCCGCGCGGGACGCCUUCGUCAAGGCCGGCUGGGUGGAGGAGGCCGGCCAGGGCAAGAAGAAAGGGCACGGUAAAUGA